GAUGCAGACGCCGACUCUGGCUAUGGGGCGCCCGAGCUGCGGAGGCUGCGCCCCGGCUCCUGGCAGGACCGCGUAGCUCUCGGGAGGACCAUGGCGUCCCCAGCGCUGGCCGCGGCGCUGGCGGCGGCGGCGGCUGAGGGCCCCAACGGGAGCGACGCGGGCGAAUGGGGUAGCGGCGGGGGUGCCAAUGCCUCGGGGACCGACUGGGGACCACCGCCGGGCCAGUACUCCGCAGGUGCUGUGGCAGGGCUGGCAGCCGUGGUGGGUUUCCUCAUCGUUUUCACCGUGGUGGGCAACGUGCUCGUGGUGAUCGCUGUGUUGACAAGCCGAGCGCUGCGCGCCCCGCAGAACCUCUUCCUGGUGUCUCUGGCCUCAGCUGACAUCCUGGUGGCCACACUGGUCAUGCCCUUUUCGCUGGCCAAUGAGCUCAUGGCCUACUGGUACUUUGGGCAAGUGUGGUGUGGUGUGUACCUGGCACUGGACGUGCUCUUCUGCACCUCGUCCAUCGUGCACCUGUGUGCCAUUAGCCUGGACCGCUACUGGUCGGUGACGCAAGCGGUAGAGUACAACCUGAAGCGCACGCCACGCCGUGUCAAGGCCACCAUCGUGGCCGUGUGGCUCAUCUCGGCUGUCAUCUCCUUCCCGCCUCUCGUCUCUUUCUACCGCCGGCCCGACGGCGCCGCCUACCCGCAGUGCGGCCUCAACGAUGAGACCUGGUACAUCUUGUCCUCCUGCAUAGGCUCCUUCUUCGCGCCCUGCCUCAUCAUGGGCCUGGUCUAUGCGCGCAUCUACCGCGUGGCCAAGCUGCGCACGCGUACGCUCAGCGAGAAACGCGGCCCCGCCGGCCCCGACGGCGCGUCCCCGACCACAGAGAAUGGGUUGGGCAAGGCGGCGGGGGAGAAUGGGCAUUGCGCGCCCCCGCGCACUGAAGUGGAGCCGGAUGAGAGCAGCGCGGCAGAGAGGCGGAGGCGCCGGGGAGCGCUGCGCAGAGGAGGACGGCGGCGAGAGGGUGCCGAGGGGGACACGGGCAGUGCGGACGGACCGGGACCUGGGUUGGCGGCCGAACAGGGUGCUCGGACGGCGUCUCGGUCUCCAGGCCCCGGAGGGCGCCUGUCGCGGGCCAGCUCGCGCUCCGUCGAGUUCUUCCUGUCGCGUCGGCGCCGGGCGCGCAGCAGUGUGUGCCGCCGCAAGGUGGCCCAGGCGCGCGAGAAACGCUUCACCUUCGUGUUGGCGGUGGUCAUGGGCGUGUUCGUACUGUGCUGGUUCCCCUUCUUCUUCAGCUACAGCCUGUAUGGCAUCUGCCGUGAGGCCUGCCAGCUGCCAGAACCGCUCUUUAAGUUUUUCUUCUGGAUCGGCUACUGCAACAGUUCGCUCAACCCGGUCAUCUAUACUGUCUUCAAUCAGGACUUCAGGCGCUCUUUCAAGCACAUCCUCUUCCGUAGGAGGAGAAGGGGCUUCAGGCAGUGACCCUCUGGCUGCCUGGACUUGGCCCCACUGACCUCCUGGACAGCUCCGAACUCGGGUAGAUAGGGGGACCAACCAGUGUGGCUUCUCCAGAGUUCCAGGGCGGACUUCAGGGUACAGUGUGGAAUGUGGCCAGCAGGAACUGGGAGAGAGACAACUGGGCCUCUGGGAGUGGGGAGGAGAAAGGGAGACCCUUUGCCUUCCCAUCUCAGCGAGGGGCUGUGGCUAGAUCCAGUUCCUAAGAAGGCUUCUGUGGAGUGUGGCUGUGAACUUAGUUAGGGUUUUAGAGCUCAGACAACUGCACCAGAAAGGAGACCCCCCCCCCCAACUCUCGGUCUUCCCUGUGAGCAAGGGCUGACUUCCUAUGACCUGAAAAAGGUAUCUGUCUGGGGGAGGAGAGAUAGCACAGGCAAUCUCUGGUUACUGAGAGUGUUUGCCAAAUACAAUGACAGCCAAACAAAACCAAACUUUUUUUUUAAAAUAAACCUUUGUAAUCUAA